CCCACCCAAGAAAAAAUAGAGAAUUCAAAAGGCAUUUUUCCAACGAAAUUGAUGCUAGACGAAGAAGUAUGUUCCCUCCAUCACCACACCCCUUUCAUCUCUUCUUCUUCUUCACCCACACUUCAGCUCUUACCUUCUUCCACCGCCGUUAAUUGCAUACAUUCAGAUCUCCGGAUAUCUUCUUCUUCACUUCCUUUAGCUACUUGCCUCUUUAUGAAGAGUUGAAGACACGCACAUACAUAAACCGAGUUUUAGCUUCCAAUAUUAAUCGAACCGAUUCAGGUUCUGGAACCUCAGACUGACUCAAUUAAACAUGACAAAAGAUGUUGUUGGUGGAGAAGGAGAACCUGGAUUCAGAAAACCUAGUAGUGUUUCGGCUUAUGAUGAAGCGAUGGAUGCUUUGUCCUCUCUCAUCACCAAAAAGAAUCGUGCUGAUAAGAUCGUCGUCGACCAUAGAUAUGAGCUGAUGUUUGAGUAUGUUAAGAUUUUGGAAUUAGAGGAACCAAUUUCCCAGAUGAAGAUCAUCCAUGUUGCAGGCACAAAAGGAAAGGGAUCAACAUGCGUGUUCACAGAAGCUAUAUUACGCAAUUGUGGCUUUCACACUGGACUCUUCACAUCUCCUCACCUCAUUGAUGUUAGAGAAAGAUUUCAAUUGGAUGGUGAGGACAUAAGCAAAGAGAAGUUUUUGGCAUACUUUUGGUGGUGUUGGGAUAGACUGAAGGCAUGAUUUCUGAUCUGUAUACUAUAUGAAUAAGAAAUGCGGUGAUGAUAUUCCAAUGCCAACUUUAUUCCGCUUCCUUGCUUUACUUGCUUUCAAAAUAUUUGCAGCAGAGCAAGUAGAUGUUGCUGUUAUGGAGGUGGGAUUAGGUGGAAAGACUGAUGCAACCAACGUGGUUCAGACACCUAUAGUAUGUGGAAUCACACCACUAGGGUAUGACCAUACCGAAGUUCUUGGAAAUACUCUUGGAGAAAUUGCGGGUGAGAAAGCUGGUAUCUUUAAGAAAGGUGUUCCAGCAUUUACUGUUUCACAACCAGAAGAAGCCAUGCAAGUACUUAAAGAAAAAGCCUCCCGGUUAGAUGUGAAUCUUGAAGUGGCAAACAUGUUGGAUAGUAAAUUGCUAAAUGGAUUACAUUUAGGGCUUGCAGGGGAUCACCAAUAUAUAAAUGCAGGGCUUGCCAUCAUGUUAAGCUCCACAUGGCUCCAAAGGACAGGUCAUUUGGAAGUUGAGACUAGUUAUUUGUCUGAGAGAUUCAUCAAGGGGCUAGCAAGUGCAAAUUUACAAGGAAGGGCUCAGAUAAUUCAUGACAAGCAAGGUGGUGAUAACUCCAGGAAAGACUCUGCACAGAUAUUAUUGUUCAAUUGUAUGUCGGUGAGGGACCCACAGUUGCUGUUUCCGCGGUUGGUGGACACAUGUGGUGGUCAUGGUGUAAAGUUUAAAAAGGCGAUAUUUGUGCCAAAUAUGUCGGUUUACAACAAAGUUGGAUCCAGUUCAUCGUCUUUGCCACAAACUGAUUUACAACAAGUUGAUAAUUCAUGGCAGCUGACACUUGGAAGAGUAUGGGAGAACACUGUAUGCAGUGAAGGUGAAACAGGAACUUGUGAAAGUAAAAACAGUAUGGUGUUUUCAUCACUUCCAUUGGCCAUAAAAUGGUUGAGAGACACUGCCAAACAAAAUACGUCUGUUCAGCUGCAGGUCCUGGUUACUGGUUCGUUGCAUUUGGUGGGUGAUGUUAUGAAAUUAGUGAACAAAUAACUCAACAAACUCAAAAUUUUUACAAGUUACAACAACAAAGAUGGAUUUAACAUUUAUUGUAGUUUAUGUUUCAUUGUAUUUGUUUCAAAAAACUAUCUGAUGUUUAUUAGUGGUAUUGUAUUUGUUUAUGAUACUUAGCUUGGUUUUUUGUAAAAUAUUACCAUUGAUUACUAUUAUUUUUAUUAUAGC